AUGUUCUCGACUGCAAAAAUACUUGUUUUUGCUGUGAGUGGUUUCCUGGGAGUGGCAAUAGGCUUUGACAUUGGAUUAUCCACAAAAUGUGUAGUGAUACCCAAGGAGAUGGACAUGUGCCAAAGGAUCGGAUACUCUGAAAUGAGGCUUCCCAACCUGAUGGGACACACAAGCAUGGCAGAGGUUAUCCUAAAAUCCAACGCCUGGCAGCGCCUUGUGCACACAGACUGUCACCCUCAUGUGAGGACAUUCUUGUGCUCCAUGUUUGCACCCAUCUGUUUAGAUACGUUUAUCCAUCCCUGCAGGAGCAUGUGUGUUGCUGUCCGAGACAGCUGUGCCCCUGUGCUCGCCUGCCAUGGACACUCCUGGCCUGACAGUCUGGACUGCGAUCGAUUCCCUGCAGAUGAGGACAUGUGCCUGGCAUCUCUUACAGAAGAAUAUAAACACUUGCAUAAAGUCCUACCAAAGCCUGCUUGCCAGACCUGCCCAGCAGUGGAGGAAUUCUUUCUGCACAAAAGAAAUCUAGACGUUUUCUGCAAUAGUAACUUUGCAGUAAAAGUAAAGCUGUCCAAGAAAAGAACAGCAUUUGGUGACCAUGAGUAUAACAUUGAAUGUCAAGUGGAAUUCAUUACCCAGGAGUCAUUCUUGCCUUCUGAAACUCGGAGUAUGAUACAACAGUGGUUGCUUGUCAAUGAAAACUGUACACAGAGGAUGACUCAAACCCAUCGUCCCAUAGUGUAUCUCUUUGUUGGCAAUAUUGAAGAGGGCAUCAUUUUAGUAACCCAGGUUUACCGUUGGCAGAGGAGGGACUCUCAUCUGACUUUGGCCACCCAGAAGUGGAGAUACCAUAAAUGUUUGUAACUAUUUAUCAUAUUAUUUGUAAAAAGAUGAUUGUACUUCUUGUGCUCAAUCCGUGUUGUAAAUAAGAAUGUAUUAUA